GGACCGAGUCCCUCCUGCCCUGCGCGCCUAGCGAUGGAAGGGAAGAGCGCGGCUUAGACGCAAGGGCGUGCACACCACCGGGCUCGUCUCCGGGAGGGAGGCAGCUGCCGGUUCGGGCGGCGGCCGAGACUGCGCGAGCCGGGAGCAGGCGGUCGCACAGCCCCACGCCGGCGAGGACGCGGGAGGAGCAGGUCCCCCGCGCCGGCUGCGGCGCUUCCGUGCGCCGCGGGCGGGAGCGGCCCCGGAGCUGCCGGGACGCUGCCCUCGUCGAGCAGGGUCCAGGCGCGGCGAGGAUGCGCGCCUCCCCACGCCCGGCAGCUGCGGUCCCCGACUCUGCGCGGACUCGGGCCCCAGCGGCCGCCCGUGCCGUGCCCGCGCCGCGGGAGCGCGCCCUGCCGCACCUGGCUCCCGCCUCCCGGGGAAGUGCGGGCGACGCGCCCUGAACUCCACUACUUCUGCGCCCCGCAGCUCCGCCGGGCCUGCGCCGCCGGCCGCCUCUCACUCACGUGCGCUCGCGGCCCGGCUCGCGCGCCCGGUGCUCGCCUACCUGCCUCCGCUGAGCCCGCAGAGCCUCGGAAACUAGCCGCCCGCCGCCCGCCGCAGGACCGGCCCGCACGAGGCUGCCCGCACCCGCCCUCCGGACAGUGAGAUCAUCAGGUACCCACCAGCUGGCAUUGGUGGCUUCUCUUCUCAGCGACGUCUCUGGUGUCUGCUGCAGGGGUCUUCUUGUCCAGUCCUAGCAGCGUUGGAAAUCAGAGCUCUCCCACAGCUAUUCUUGCAAACUUCCAUUAGAUAUGUUCAAAACUCCCUGGGUGUGCAUAAGAAUUUGAAGGUGCAGCCCCACGGGCCUCCCGGCAAAGAAUAAGCCAAAAGGACAACCCAAAGGUGAGGAGAGGUCAUGGAAUGUUCACCAACGGAUACUCACCACCGGGAUAACUGAAAGGGGUCUGAAUGUAGGCUGCAGCCGCCCUGAAGGUUGAUGGAGGGCCAUGCUAUUCAAACAGCAGGUGUGGCUGAGACAGAAGCUCCUGGUGCUGGGAAGCCUUGCUGUUGGAAGUCUCCUGUAUCUAGUCGCCAGAGUUGGGAGCUUGGAUAGGCUACAACCCAUUUGCCCCAUUGAAGGCCGAUUUGGUGGAGCCAGCAGUCAGGCUGAAUUACCACUUCGUGCCCUGCAGUUUAAACGCGGCCUGCUGCACGAGUUUCGGAAGGGCAACACUUCCAAGGAGCAGGUCCGCCUCCAUGACCUGGUCCAGCAGCUCCCCAAGGCUAUCAUCAUCGGGGUGAGGAAAGGGGGUACGAGGGCCCUGCUGGAGAUGCUGAACCUCCAUCCAGCAGUGGUCAAAGCCUCUCAAGAAAUCCACUUCUUUGACAAUGAUGAGAAUUAUGCCAAGGGCAUUGAGUGGUACAGGAAAAAGAUGCCUUUUUCAUACCCUCAGCAAAUCACAAUUGAAAAGAGCCCGGCAUAUUUUAUUACGGAGGAGGUUCCUGAAAGGAUUUACAAAAUGAACUCAUCCAUCAAGUUGUUGAUCAUUGUCAGGGAGCCAACCACAAGAGCUAUUUCCGAUUAUACUCAGGUGCUAGAAGGGAAGGAGAGGAAAAACAAAACUUAUUACAAGUUUGAGAAGCUGGCCAUAGACCCUAAUACCUGUGAAGUAAACACAAAAUACAAGGCAGUAAGAACCAGCAUCUACACAAAACAUCUGGAGAGGUGGUUGAAAUACUUUCCAAUUGAGCAAUUUCACAUCGUGGAUGGAGACCGGCUCAUCACAGAACCUCUGCCAGAACUUCAGCUUGUGGAGAAGUUCUUAAAUCUUCCUCCAAGAAUAAGUCAAUACAACUUAUAUUUCAAUGCUACUCGAGGGUUUUACUGCUUACGAUUUAAUAUUAUCUUCAAUAAGUGCCUGGCGGGCAGCAAGGGGCGCAUUCAUCCAGAGGUGGACCCCUCUGUCAUUACCAAAUUGCGCAAAUUCUUUCACCCUUUUAAUCAAAAAUUUUAUCAGAUCACAGGGAGGACAUUGAACUGGCCCUAAAAUACUAUGCCAUACAACACUAUGUGUUGUGCCUGGAGACACAUGGUGUCCCUUCUAGAGUAAAUAUGCACUUUGCUAGACACAGCUAUACAAGUCAUUUUCCCCUGUAUACUUGUACAUAUGCAGUGUGUGACCAAAUAUAAGAUCAAUUCUUUUUCUAGUGAAACUUACAAAACAGAAAACAAAAUUCUGCAUAGUUGCAUCUUCUACACUAUUUACAAAACUAGAAGAGGUGGUGGUGUGGAGAGAAGGUGACUUGAGCUGUUCUCAAAGAGUUAGUCUUCCUGUGGUUCAAAAUUUGUCACCUGCCCUUUUCAUAGAUUUAAGCCAAAAGAGGAAUGUGUGAACAUGUACCAGUGGCUGUGGAGCUGCGGGAAGUGGAGGAUUCCCUUAUGCAUUUUUUCCCUAAAGAAAGCUAGCUCUAAAAUUCAGAUCCUAAGUUGGUGCCAUGAAAACAGAAAAUGCUAUUUUCUUAUUAUUUCCAAGAAUGUCCUAUCUCGUACAACUGGCAUUGUUCCAAAGUCCCCCUCGUGAUUUGCACUGUUGUUCCCUCACAUGGACCAUGGUGUCACUCAUAGCAUGUCAGUCACAUGUCAGAAAGUCAAGUCCUUUUGCUUCCAUGUUGUAUGUCAACAAAGAGAAAUGUCAUGUACAUAGUGUAUAUUGUAAAUACUGGUUUCACACUAAGUAAUUCUAUUUUGUAAACUGAAUAUGACUAAUUUAUUGUGAAAAUUAAAAUUAUUGUGGUAUUUAAAAAUGGAAUGGAUUAAAGUUACUCUAUGUGCAACUUUAUUUUGUUUUACGUUCCCGCUGCUGGCUUCCAAAGUGACAGCUCUUCCAGUGCAUUUGAGGGCCCUGGAAAGGAUCCGUUGCUCCGAUGGAUUGUCAUGCCCUCGUAAAGUAUAUUUAUGAAGCGAGGCUGAGUAUAUGUUUUUUAAAACCCAAACCAUCUGGAGAUCAAGUAAUAAUAGCUACCCCUAAGAACCCCAGCUCUGCUCUACUACUACUUUGUUCAAAUUAAUUUACUUGCAGUUGCUGCUGUGCAUAAGAGAGCUAAGGAAUAUGCUAACAGAUCAAAGCAGGGAAGAAUCGCGAUUGUAUCUGAAUGCCUUCUCAGUCAGAUGAGCAGAGAAAGUAAAUAAGAUUAGAAAGCUUGUGUGGCCUCGGUAUUGGAAGCUGCUGAUGCUUCAAAAGUGAAUAAAAGUUCUCAGAAGUCUCUUUUAGAUGAAACUAUAUCAAGCUGUUCAGAAAUGAUUGAAUUCCAUAGUGUUGCUAUGACUGACAAACAUAUGGCUCAUAUUUCCAUCCAGAAGAAUUAAUGCUAAAUUAGGUGCCUUGCUGACAUCAGAUACACUAUAUUAUGCUUAUAUAUAAUCCAGAAAAAAUGUAGAAAGAGGUGGAACAACAACACAAGUAUGGAUUUUUCCCAAUCGUACUUGUUUAUACAGUGGAAGAUAUUUGAGAGGCUUUUGUUCAGCAUCGUACUAAGAUGCCUGGAGAGGUAUAGCUGCAGGUAUAUCUCUGCAGAUAGCUCAGCAGAUUAAAGUGACUGCUUAGGCAGAUGCGGGGGCUGGGGGGUUGAUCCCCGAUGUGCUGUGCC